GAUAGGCCACCACGAGCCAGGCAGUUCACGAUUUUGUUUACAUCAUCAUAUUUUAUCAGCAACCCGCACAUUUUCCAACUACCAGCGCAAGACAACGGUUUAUCCGCAUUUCUCGUUCCAACUUUGCUGACGUCGUAAGUACAACCGCCAAACAAGUAAACCGUGUCGACUGUUCCGUUGACACUUCAUACUUACCACCGGAGUUUGUGUGUGUGUGUACGAGUGCAAGAUGAUGAUCCUGUACGCGGCGGUGUGUGCGCUGUUCCUGGUCCAGUCCACGAUAGCGGACGCCGGUGUUAAAGAAGAGGAAGCCGCUGUCGAAUUAGACGAAGGAGUGUUGGUGCUGACCAAAAACAAUUUCGACCAAGUCACCCAGUCCAAUCAAUAUGUACUCGUCGAGUUUUAUGCACCUUGGUGUGGACAUUGCAAACAACUUGCACCUGAAUACGCAAGUGCUGCUCAAGAAUUGAGUAAACAAGAAUCUCCUAUAAAGUUAGGCAAAGUAGAUGCUACUUUGGAAGGUGAAUUGGCUGAGAAGUUUGGUAUCCGUGGUUACCCGACUUUGAAAUUCUUUAAAAAUGGCAACGCUAUCGAUUAUACAGGUGGCCGAACUAAGGAUGAUAUUCUCCAGUGGGUGGUAAAGAAAUCUGGACCAGCCGCCAAAACUUUAUCGUCCGAGGAGGAGCUUACCUCAUUCAUCGCUAGUAAAGAUGUUGUUAUUGUGGGAUACUUUGAAAAUUUGGAAUCUGACGCAGCAAAAUUAUUCAGUGAUAUCGCCGAUUCUGUUGACGACCAUCCCUUCGCCUUAGUCUCUGACUACUCUAAAUUCUCUAAUAUCGAACAUAAGGAAAAAAUUGUACUCUUCAAAAACUUUGAUGAAAAGAAAGUUGUGUUUGAUGAAGACGUUAAGGAUAUCGAAGACGUGAAAAAGUUUAUUUUCGUUCAUUCGUUACCACCGAUAAUUGAAUUCAAUCAAGAAACGGCACAAAAAAUAUUCGGCGGUCAAAUCAAAAGUCACUUGUUACUCUUCAUGUCGAAAAAAGAAGGUCAUUUUGACAAGUACAUCGAAGACAUUAAACCCGUGGCUUCAGAAUUUAGAGGAAAGAUUGUAUUUGUUUCCAUUAAUGCCGACGAAGAAGAACACGUACGAAUUUUGGAAUUCUUCGGAAUGAAGAAGAACGAAGUACCCAGCAUGAGGGCUAUCAAACUCGAAGAUGAUAUGACAAAAUACAAGCCGGAAUCACCUGAAUUGUCCAGUGAAAAUGUAAAGAAGUUUGUUUCAGAUUUCGUCGCUGGAAAAGUCAAGCAACACUUACUCUCUGAAGAUUUGCCUGAAGAUUGGAACAAAACUUUAGUCUGGACAUUGACUGCCGCCAACUUUGAUGAAGUAGCUUUAGAUCCAACUAAGAAUGUGCUUGUGGAGUUCUAUGCACCGUGGUGUGGACACUGUAAACAACUUGUUCCGAUCUUUGAAAAAGUUGGUGAACAUUUUAGCAAUGACGAUGAUGUUAUAAUCGCAAAGAUGGACGCUACAGUUAAUGAGUUAGAACAUACCAAAAUUUCCAGCUUCCCUACGCUUACGUUUUAUCCCAAAGGAGAUGCUAAGGCUAUCGAAUACAAAGGUGACAGAACGUUGGAAGCUAUAGUCAAGUUCGUGGAGUCUGAUGGUAAACAAGACAAAGCAGAACCCAGCUCGAGCGAAGAAGAAGAUGACGAUGAAGAUGUACCAGUGGCCUCGUUUAACAAAACAUUACCAAUGGACGAUCCAAAUUUGAAUCCAACAGGAUCUAAUGCUGGUUUUCUGCCAACUACAUCGGCAAAUUACUUAGUUAUGCCGUUCACACCUACUGUGCCAAGUGUUCCUGUUCCUCAGUCAAUGGUAUGGACUCCAAUGCAGCAAGUGGUGCCUGUUACACCACACGUUGUGUCAGCCCCACCGCGAUUUAAUCCUCGGGCGACUCGUAAACAUUUUCGCCAACCAACGCCUUCUGAACCACCUAUUACUGUAUUUGUUGGAAAUAUUGCUGAGAAAGCACCUGAUGCUAUGAUCAGGCAUAUAUUGGCCACUUGUGGAAAUAUAGCUUCUUGGAAAAGAGUCCAAGGAUUUGGUUUUUGUGAAUACUAUGGUGCAGAAGCUGCGUUGAGAGCCAUAAAGGUUUUGCAUGAUAUGGAAGUUGGUGGCAAAAAGCUCGUGGUGAAGGUAGAUGCAAAAGCGCAAGAAACCUUGGAUCAGUUCAAAGCAGACAAAAAAGGCACUGAAGAUUCUGAAGAAAAUCAACAGUUUGAGGUUUAUUGUCGUCAAAGGAUCGAUAGCAUAAUUGCUGAGCACAAUGAAGAAAUGAGUAAAGAAGGAAAGAAAAACGAAGAAGAAGAGAAACCCAAUAUUGUGGACGGAGUUGGUUUUGAUUUAGUUCCGAAUGAAGAUGAGAAAAAAAGUUUAAUUACUAGAGAAAUUGGAAAAUUUCGUGAAAAUAUGAAAAAACGAGAAGAAGAAAAAGAAGUAGAAAGAAAAAGGCGACAAGAAAAAGAAAAAUUGAACGGAAGACAUGCAACUCCUGAAAGUCCAGAUUCUGAAGAAAAUAGAAGAAUACGUCGUAGAGAAGAACGAGAUAAACGUGAUAAAGAAAAAGAAGAAAGAGACAAAAGGGAACGAGAACGAGAAAGAGAAAGGGAAAGAGACGAGAGGGAUAAACGUGACAGAGAUCGAGAAAAGAAAGAAAGAAGAGACAAAGAAAGAGAUCGGGAAAAAAAAGAAAGAGAAAAAAGCAUUGACAAAGAAAAUCGUAAAGAAAAAGAACCAGAAAAAAAUAGAGGUCAUUAUGAUAAGAAUAGAUUAAAAGAAAAAGAAAUUGAAGAUGAAGAACUUGAAUUAAAAAAAGAAGAAGACAGACGUCGUGAAAGAGAACAAGCUUACCAGGAAAAACGUAAACAGUGGGAAAUUAGAGAAAAUCAGAAAAAAAAAGAAUUGGCUAAAGAACGUGUUAAAAAACAAAUGAUUGAAGAAGAAAGAGAAAGGAAUGCUAAGAAACUUAAAGAAUUUCUUGAAGAUUACGAUGAUGAAAAAGACGAUGUAAAAUACUAUAAAGGUAGAGAGUUGCAAAAACGAAUUGAGCUCAGAGAAAAAGAAAUUGAAGAAGACGGACGGGAUCGACAGAAGGAAAAAGACGAGCUCGAGGCUAUCCGAGAAAAGAUUUAUAAUAGCGACUUUAAAGAUCCAGAAUUGGAGUUUGCCAAAAUUCUUAAAGCUAGAGAAGAAAUGUAUAAACCUAAAUUAAUAAUAGAUGUUGCGGAAAAGCAAAAAGAUAAAUUGAGACGAUAUGAGGUGGAAUUAGAAAAAGAAAUACAAAAACAAAGGGACAUAGAAAUGGAACAGGAAAGAUACAGACAACAAAAUGAAGAUACACAAACACCUAGUCCACAGCGUCCGGCGACCCCUCCCAGCGUUGAGCCUCAAACACCACCACCUGAAAUGGCUCCGAUGGCCCAGCCUACUACUUUAAUGAUUAAGAAAAGAAUGGAUGUCAAAGACGUAUUUAAUAACGAUGAUGAAGAGCUGCCGAAACCAAAGAAAAGAAAAUUGGUUCCUCUUGAUUAUACAGACAGAAAAGAAGAAGAAAGUAAGGCAGUAGAAGAAAAAAAGAAAAAUAUUCGUCAAUUGAUUGAACGCAUACCCACUGAUAAAGACGAUUUGUUUUCAUUCCAUCUCGACUGGUCUGUGGUUGACAAUCAGUUAAUGGAAAAAAGAAUUAGACCAUGGAUCAAUAAAAAAAUCAUUGAAUACAUCGGAGAACCUGAACCUACAUUAGUCGAUUUCAUAUGCUCUAAAGUUUUAGCUGGUAGUAGUCCCCAGGCUAUACUGGACGAUGUUCAGAUGGUACUUGACGAAGAAGCUGAAGUAUUUGUUGUCAAAAUGUGGAGACUUCUUGUAUAUGAAGUUGAAGCUAAAAAAUUGGGGUUGGUCAAACUGGAAGAAAACGGCCACAAAGAUCCUUAGUUAAGUUAUUAUUACUAUGUAUAAUUUUGUAAAUAAAUAUGCAUACUAAGAAAACCACGUUUUUUAAAUCUUAUUGAUGACAUAUUUAUCAUCUUAAUAAUAAAGACAUAUUUAAAUAAAUAAACACUUUAGUAAUUAA